CUGUCACGUACCGUAGUGCAGCCACUACACAGCUCUGUCGAAAAUCAGUCUCUCGAGGUGAAGGGUGCGAGGCAGAUAGCCGCUGUUCAGCUUACUGUCUUGAGUGAAGGAGCCACACCUUUAGAAAGAUAGACUAUCCUCAACGACCCGCACGUUCUAUCUUUCUUGAACUCUUCCCGAUAAAAGGUAGUUUAGUUUUGUUUAUUAAAAAAAACGCAGUGAAUGGGAAAUUUACGUAAUAAUAAAUUUGUUACUUGUUUGUGAUAAGAAUAAAGUCUUAUCACGUUUUACGAAACAUUCCCGGAGGCUUCACUCAGUCGUGUUUAGUGCGUACAUACAAAUUUCGGUUCAGCUUCGUUCGCGCCCGUGCUUCACCAAGGAAUUAGGCAGCGUGCUGGGAGAGGGAGCUCAACUCUUCGGGUAAAGUGUGGAUGCAACACCACCUUCACCACCACCACCACCACUGCCGAAGCAAGGAUGAAGGGGAAGGCAGUGGCGGGGGAGAAGGUGGACAAGGAGGGCGGGAACAAGGAGGAAGAGCUUCUACUGAAUGGAAAUAGACAAUCGACCAUCACGAAGCCCAAAGAGGUGAAGGAGGACCAGAAGGUGGCGAAGACGCAGGGAACAGCUCCUGACGGUGGUUGGGGCUGGUGUGUGGUGCUCGCCGGGACAAGUGGCAUGAUGAUGCUGGCAACACAAGGCCCCUGCUUUGGUGUUCUUUACGGCCAGCGCCUGUCUGACCUCGGUGCCUCGCCCAGCCUCGCGACAUGGCUUUUCAAUAUACAGUCCCUUAUCUGGAACCUGUCCGGUCCAUGGGCUGGGCCACUGAACGAGGUAUUUUCGUACCGCACCAUCGCCACGGCAGGCUCCCUAUUAGCAGCCUCUUCGCUCUUCCUCUCCGCCCUGGUGCAAAACCCUUACCUACUGCUGCUCACAUUCUCCGUCACAGUUGGUUUGGGCGGCGGGCCGGCAAUCAUGAGCUGCUAUCAGUCCACGGCGCUCUACUUCAACAAGCGUCUGGGUCUCGCCAACGGCAUCGUGGUGACAGGCGGCUCCCUGGGCCUCAUCCUCAUGCCGCAGCUCGCCUCUCUGUUGCAGGACGUCUAUCCCUUCCGCUGGGCCUCCUUCAUCACAGGAGCUGUGGUCCUCCAUUGCCCGGUGAUGAUGUUGCUGCUGCACCCCAUCAGCUGGCAUCGCCGCGCUCCGGAGAAGUCUCCGGAAGAUCCGGUUGGGCUUCAGGCAGCUAAAGAGGACGCCAGUGAGACGCACAAACCCCUGAGCCAAGGCUUACCUCGAGGGUCUUCAGUGCCUACAGAUCUGCUCAAGCUGGGCGGCGGGCUCAGGCGCGAGAUGGUGAUCGCCAAGAGGCUUCGCUCCGGCAGCGAAUGUCACACCGACACUCAGUGGUUGGACCAGCGGGGGUCCGCCUUCCGUCUGGGCGGCAGCACAUUCAUGGCAGGCAGCGUCCUGACCCUCCAAGACAACGACGUCACAGAGGAGAGGCAACAGGAAGGAGACAAGCAGAUGAGUCCUGCGAGGCGGGUAUGGAUCAAGUUUCGGUCCCAGUACAACUUGAGGUUAAUGAAGGAUCCGCUGGCGAUGGGCAUCGCCCUGGCCACGUGCCUCAGCAUCACCGGCGGCAUCAACAUCUUCGCUGCCAUCCCGUUCGUGUUGGCCGAGGCGGACUACUCCCUGCAGGACAUCGCCACGGCCAUGUCGGUGACGGCCGUGGUGGAUCUGUUCACGCGCAUGCUGGGGGCGUUCAUCACGGACUGCCCCAAGGUUGACGUCAGACUCCUCUACGCCUUCGCACAACUCAUCUACAUCGUGGUGCCUUACGUUCUCAUGUGUAACAGCGACCAACAAUGGAUCACGUUGGCGUGCAUGGCGGCGCUGGGCAUAGGACUCGGCCUCUUCUACCUACUGGACAUGUUGCUGGUGGUGCGGGUCCUGGGCGUGCACAGGAUGUCGACGGUGAUGGGGCUGAGUCAGUUCUUCCGAUGCCUUGCCUUCACUGCGUUAGGUCCCUCUGGAGGUCAGCUUCGGGACACCACAGGGAACUUCUUCGCCACGGUCCUCUUCAUGUCCAGCGUCGUUUUGGUAGGUCACAUAUUCCUUAUAUUUACCACGUUCACGGCUCACUGUUGUCGCCCCGCUACGCCGAAUUCCUCCCCAGCCCAGCACCGUCCACGUGUCUAGCCCUGGACUCCCGACGCCCAUCAAAUCAAGCAAGUGUUCAGUGGAGUGGAAGAUCAUCUUAUGAUUACUGCAAUCUUAAACGUUUGAAUACAUUAUCUCGAAUACUUGGAACAGACUCAUGUGGAAGUUGUUUGUUUUCAAGGAUGCUUUCAUGAUUCUACCGACAGUAUAACGAAGAUUCUGUGACAUCAAUGAGAGAGAGAGAGAGAGAGAGAGAGAGAGAGAGAGAGAGAGAGAGAGAGAGAGAGAGAGAGA